AUGGCUGAGGAAGACAACAAGAACGGAGCAGCUGAAGCCCCAGAGGAGGAACCGCAGGAAGCGCCGGAAGCAGAGAAGUCAGCAUCCGAGGGAGAACCGGAACCAGAGCCAGAACCGCAGAUCACAACAUUCGACAGGUUGAAAUUAUUCCUAGAGGAAACGAACAACUUUUUGGGCAAAUACGAUGACCUGGUGGAGGGCAAGGAUAAGCACAAAAGCGUCUACUUGCACACCGUGAACGAGUUGCGGGAACCGCUGGUGACCUUGCUGCAACGGUAUAUCCUGCAUACGAUGGUUCGCGAGGAUUUCCUCUACAAGCACAUCGUCUGCUGUGGCGAGCCCGACGCAGCCUUAAACACGGAGGAAUUCGAGGAACACUAUGAAGAAGUGCACAAAGAAGCGGAUAAGGCGAUUUCCCAACCAGGGCUCGACGAGAUUCGGGCGUACACGGACUCGGUGAAGACGUACAUCGAGCUGGGCAAGGCAAUGAACAACGAUCUGAUCUUCUCCCUGAAGCGACUACUGCGGAAGAGCAAUUCCGUUCUUGCGGGUCAUCUCGGUUGA